AAUAGAGCUUCCAAACUCUGGAAGCUAAUUACCAAAGUUUUCUGCAUGCAGAUGCAGGCUAGCUAGCUUGUGUUCGUGGAUCCCUAGCUAAUUAAUUAUCUUGAUAUAGCUUAGCCAGGGAGAUAAGAGAGAAAUAUAAUGGUGGGAACUGGUUUGGUUGUCGACUUCUCUACAAAACACUGGCCCGUAACAAUGAAGUGGAUUGAGGACAAGAUCAGAGAAGAUCGAGAUCAGCUCGGUGGCAUUCUCCACAUUAUUGAAGUAAGGGAGAACAAUGGCAGUAAUGAUCGGGACCUCAUCAAACGUUACAGUGCCCUAUCAUUCCAAGAAUUUGAGAGAAUGGGGGAACUUAGUGACCAAGCGCUCUGGUCUGAGGUCGUAAUACGCGCCUGGUCGUUUGCUAAAAAGGUGGAUGUCAGGGGGACUAUAUACGAGUGUAAAAAAGACCCAGCCACAGCGCUGUUGCAAGCAUGGAGCGAUAAUAAUCUGCAGUGCCUAGUCGUUGGGGAAAACGAAGGAGGGAAUGGGGAAGGGUACGUGAACAAUAGCACGGUACGUACAGCGCUAUCGUCCAAGCUGCGAAUGGUGGAAAGCAGAGAAAUGGAACCCGGCAAAGGCAGAGAAAUGGAUCUGACAGUGAAGGGUUGGGUGCACGUGUUUAAAGCAGCCAGACCUCCUCAAUGAUCGAGAUGCGCUUAAUUAAUUAAUUAAUUGUGUUCCGGGUGAUUUCAGCUUUGGAUCGAGCAACUGUUGUUGUUUGUUGUGUCGUACGCACUCCUUCCAUCAAAAGAAAAAAAAAACAAAUAUAAAAUUGAAUUUGAUACAAUUUAAUACAACUAAUCUGAAUAUAAAUAUAUCCUGAUUCGUUGUAAUAAAUUGUGUUAAAUUUAAUUCUAGAUUGGUUUUAUUUAAGAUGGAGCUGAGUAUAAACUCGUCCAGUGAGUGCGUGGCGUCCAGUACCAGGCACCAGCUGGAUUGUGAAGGGUAAUCGUGACUACCGUGCCGACGGACCGAAGUGACGUCAGGCCUGAGAACGUCGGUGAUGUCAGUUCAACCGUUAAUAAGUUACUCACUAGUGGUUAAUGGCGUGCAGCUGCAGACGAGAAGGAAUCUUUGCUUUCGAGUUGGCACUGUACGCAGAGCGUGUUUGAUCUUGGGGCUUGAUUAUUAGUGCUUCAUUAGUAUAUAUACAUCCAAAAAUAAAAUAUUAUGUGUAGUGUUAACUAUGUUGCGAUGGACAUCGCAACAUUGAAUUAAGGUAUAUAUGUUAUGCAUAUGGUGUGGUGGUGUGAUGUUAGCCAUUUUACUUUUAAAGAAAUGGCAAAAGUCGACAAAUUAAUUUUGCUUGUUGCAUUAAUAGAUAGGCUAGUAACACUGCUAUAUAGAAACCGCAACGGUCCGAUUCCUUGACUAAACAUAAACUUCAGGCUCUAGUAGUGUUGGUGUCAUUUUCUCAUCAGUGUCGGUGGCUUACAAACUAUUUUUAUCUGUAUAUGUAUGGUCCCAACUACUGGUACCUAUUUUUACAAUUCAGAUACAUAUCAUUUCAUUGGGGAAUUCAAACUUGA